AGUUACAUUAAUUAUAUAUAGCUGGAAAUUGGAAUGACUCAAUAAUAAUUUAUUGAGUGAUUGUAAACUUGUAAUAUAUUUAUCCAAACAAAUAUUGAUACGUUUUUUGAGGUCACAGGGAGCUGACUAAUUGGUAGGUCCCAAAGGCCUUUUUUGGGCUUUUUAUAUACUUGUUAUUUCGAAAAAAAAACCUAUUCGAAAUAUAUUAGAAAACAUUUCGAAAACACAUGUAACAUUACUCUGCAUAGCCACCUCUGUGUUUAGUAUCGAUUCCUCUUUAUUUCUUAUCACAAAAAUAGAACCGCUUGUCUCCAUAUAAAACGAGAGAAAUAUAUAAGUUUACAGCAGAUACCUUUGUACGGUCGUUAACGAACAUUAUCGUCUCAACAUUAAUAUUAAAUAAUAAAAUAAUACGUUCAUUUGGUUUUUACAAUAAUAAAAAAUUAAUUUUACUUCAUAAUUUUACUUCUUCCAGAAAUUACGUAUAGUAUUACUAUAGAAAAAAAAAUGGCUGAUGUCUCAUUACCAUGUAUUCCUCGGAUGAAUACUAAUUCAUGCUGUUGUUUCAACGCACGAACUGGAUGUUUAAUUAUUAGUGUAUUGGGAAUCAUUGGAUCUAUAUUAUCAGUUAUCCAAAAUACAAUACUAAUACUCAAUGAUGAUAAAACAGAAAAUAAAGGAGCUUUACUUGCUAUAUCUUUUUUGAUAAAUCUACCAUCAAUAAUAAUUCAUUAUUUAUUAUUUCGAGGUGUUACACAGGAAAAACCAAAAUUAAUGUAUCCAUGGAUUUAUCUGUCUUUUGUCGGUCUUAUUUUAAGUGUUGCAUUAACAAUUAUUGGAUCUAUUGGAUUUUUAGUUGCUGGAAAAUCCUCGAAUGGACAAAAUCCAAUUAUGCUUGUAAUUGGCUUUGUUAUCAUGAUGAUUAUAUUUAUUGGUAUUUCUUAUCAUUUUUUUUCAGCUGUUGUUACUCAUUGUCAACAUCUUAUUUUUAAUCGAAAUAAUCAAUCAAACCAAAUACGUCAAAGACCUUAGUAGAUUAUUCAAGAAAUUCAGUAUUCAUUAUUGAAAAAAUAAAAAAAAAAAUUUACAAUAUUUUUACUAUUUUAAAAACAAGAUAUGAUUUAAAUUAUUUUUAUUAUUUCAUCAAUUUUUUUUUAGUCAUAUAAUUAUAAUUUAAACUUUUACAUGUUGACUUCAGAUUAUAUUAUUAACAAUUGGCUCAAAAGUGAUUUGAAUGGAAAAAAUUAAAAUUUUUAAUGUCUCUAAUUUUGUAUACUGUAAAUAUUUUUUUUUUGUAUUUACAAAUCAAGUUUUUAAUAUCAUGAAUUAAUUUCGAA